AUGGAGGAGUUUGAGCGCAGGUUUGGCACCCAUUCCUCCGAAGACAUGUCUGUCACCGAAGAGAUUCUUAAGAAACAGAAACAAUACGAAGACAACCGACACAUCCAUCCCAUGAAACUGCUCUUCGACUGCACUAACGUUAAGGAAAUGUUGAAGACGUGUUGCAAACCGAGGGCUAAUCACGUGAGGCUUCAGAUAUGGCUACUGUUCCUGUCGAUGGCUAUCUAUAUCAUGGCAUACAUGGCUCCCAUUGUCUUCAUGUUUCAGUUCUGUCAGAAGGUUUAUAAUUGGGAUUCAGAGACCUAUAGCAAUGUGUCGGCCGGAGCCAGCUUUAUAUCAUGUGCGGCCACUCUCAUCAUCGCACCCAUACUUAUCAAGGGCUUCACAUUUAAGGACACGUCUCUGGCAAUGGUGGGCAUCGCCUCAUUUGCCGCUCAAUACGUACUGAAGGGCCUAAUCCUGAGCCCCAUC